UCAAUUCGUUCUCUCUCUCUCCGUCAAAAUCAAGAAUCGCCUGCUUUCAUCAUUUGGAAAGGAAGAUGAGGAAGAAGAGCAAUGUAGAUGUUCAAGAAAAAGCAGAAGCAAAACCAACGUCAUAUACUGGUUCAAGAACGCAGAAUCUGAUGACUCCAACAGACGAAGCAGAUUCAUUUGUAUUAAUUCUAGGCCACAAGAACGUGAAAAGGCGGAAGAAUAUAAAUCCAUAUUAUAAUGGAGAUCACAAUAUGUUGAUGUACAGGAAUUCUUUCAAUGUACAAGGUCGUGAAAAAGUGAUGAUCGGAGAUAAUCUCAUGAUUGAAAAUAAAGAGUCUGUCACUGAUGCUGCAAAUCACUCAAAAUCAAGUAAGGGGAGUGGAAUCAAGAAUUCAUUUAAACAGAUGAUGAUGUGUAUUCUCAAUCGAGGCAAACCAGCCAAGGAAGAAGGGCGAGUUUAUAGUGUGUUUGAAAAAGAAUUAACAGAGAAUGAUGUUCAAGGGAAGUUGCUGAUUCCAGCGAAAUUUGCACGCUAUUUCCCUAAGACCAUAAGUAAUGGACAUACAAGGAGGGACGUAAAGUUACAAUUUGUUGAUCCUGGAGGCAGAUUUUGGGAGAUCAAAUGGGUUAAGGAUGGUUCACAGUAUUUUUUCCGUGGAAAAUGGAAGGAAAUUGUUGCUGAACAUGAGUUGAAAUCAGGGGAUAUUAUUAUGAUUGAGCUUUCACAUGACAAACACUUUCCUAUCAGGUUUAAGAAGCAGAGAAAUAUUUUAGGCUCAUGUGUUACAGAAAGAGAAGGAGAAAGAUGAAAGUGGAGGGUGCAAAACUGACGAGGAUUGGGUUUUUUUAACCAAGUGUCAUCGAUGAUUACUGUUUACUGAAAUCAAAGAGUUCCUUAAGAUUGAUACUUCACUGCAAAUUCCCAUUUUUAGUUACUAGUAGUAGUAUUACUUUCUUAGAUCAUAUUAGCAUAAAUAAAUCUUGUUUCAUAAUCACUCCAAAUGGAAGAGAGUAUUAGAUUAGUAUGCUGAACAAGCUUCUUGUGGUGUCAUUGUGCUCUAUAACAAUCCCUUCUUUUGUUUUUU